AUGCGAUAUAUUUCACAGCAUGGUUGUAAUUUUUAUUACGGCUCGGUAUUUGCUGGAAAUAUUUGUUCAGAAGUGCUGAAUGCCACACUUACACUGCUCGAAGAAACACGGCCUGACGUUGUCUUCUACGUGGUCUUUGCGGAAAUGCAGAAUCUGCUGGUGCAGCUAACCAGAGGCAAUUCGCUAGGGAUAAAUAAUCAAGUUAAGUAUCUGUGGGAACGGGAGCGCUAUUCGUUUGAGCGGUACGACGCAUUGAAAUGUAACAAAUGCACAAGAUUUUAUCCUCAUCGAUACUUCUGCGAUAGCAAGUAUUGCCACACAUAUGAUACAUCGAAUUUUAUUUCGUUCUACAAAGAUUCCCAUUUGAACGAUUAUGGUGGUGCAUUCAUGACGAAACUCUAUGCAAAUAUAAUCGCUGAAUUACGCGCUCGUCGCUACAUCGAUUAG